CGGUGAUCUCAUUGCUUCAAUAACUGCAUGGUGCAGCUGGACCCAGUAGCAACUUUGAAGCAAACUUUAAACUUCUACAGUCAGCAAAACAACCGGAUUAUGGUGUGUAUCCGUGGAUGUGUUCAAACCGGAGUAAACCGGUGUGUGUGUUUAGGAUCUGUUUAGUAUUUGUCUCCUGCAGGCAGGGCAGCUGUUGUUGGACGGAGCGAUGAGAAGGUUGUGUGAAUGAUCAGGUAUGACCAUUUUACAAGAUCACCAUGACGGCCUGAGAAAUAUUGCACUGAUGCUCAUAGUCUCUGGAAACCAAAGAAAAAGGACAUAGUCUCAGUGGAACCGCAACAACCCCACCCUCGAAAAUGCUCCAGACUUAAGCCGCUCAGUUUGGUGAGACGUCACCAUGACGAGCAUGAAACGCUCACCUUCUGAGCGACCUGCUGUCGGGACAGUCCUUGCCUCUGAAGAAUUUUAUACUCGUCCGUUACGUCAGACCAAUGGGGGGGUAAACCCUCUGCGCCCUGAAAACUCUUACCAGACAGGGGGCAUGACUGGAGUACCAAAAAUGGGAGUCCGAGCUCGGGUUGCUGACUGGCCACCAAGGAGAGAUGGGGGAACUUUGCGACCAACCAACACAAAUUCCGAUACAAUGACUCACACGGGAGCUAGCUCAGGUAGUCAGCCCAAACUUGGUGUUCUGAUUGGCCCCCAAGAUUCCUUAAUGCUUCAAAACAUCCAAAAGACACUUCAGAGCAAGAUAAAUGCAACCGGUUGUUUAAGUUCUAUGGAAGCGCAGAUGCUUACAGUUGACGAUUACAGAAGCUCUUCUCGUGGUAACACUAGACGCAUCCGACAACGUAGUAAUAGUGACAUGACCUUAAGUGAAAUUGAUGGUAGUGGGGAUAGUGGGGAAGAUUGGGGUACUACAGGGACAAAGUGGUCUCCAUUGCACCGGGAGUAUGGCAGCACUUCCUCCAUUGACCAGCAUGCAGUUUCUUCCUCUGAAAUCUCAAGGAACAGCUUCUUUGAGAUGUUAAAGGGCUAUGAAGGGGAGAAGCAAGACCAACGCAGCCCAGCACCUGAAAGACUGGCAGAACUAUUAACAGUCUCUACCAAAGAGCAGGAUCUGUUGGACUCGGUUAUAGAAGACUUGAAAAACGAGUCACCUUCUAUUCGGUUAAGAGAACGAGACAAACCCCCAAAGCGAAGGUCCAAAUCAGAGACAGGGGGUGAAUCAAUAUUCAGGAAACUCCGCAGUGCAAGGACAGAUGUGGAUUCUCCAAGGGCGGGUUCUGAUAUGGAGGACAACCGGCUUGAAGAUUCCAAACCUCCCUUAAAACCCUGGGUCUGCCAGAAAGGCUUUGCACAUUAUGAUGUCCAGAGCAUGUUGUUUAACAUGAAUGAGGUGAUCCAGAACAGACAGAACUCUGCAGCCAAAUGCAAAAACACUACUUCUGGUGCCUCUGCUGCUUCUGCAUUUUCUGGUUCAGCAACAUCCACUUUAUCUUCAACACACAGCCUGCCAUACAGCUCUCCUGGUGGCAGCCAGGAGGAACUUAACGUGCGGGAUAGUCCGACUUUGGACACAGCUGAUGAUGAGGGCAAUGAAUUAGUACUGAAAUGUCCUUGUUUCUGUACUGAAACUGGGGGUGACAUUAGACAUAAGGCCGGGGUUGCUGUAUCAGGUGAGCUGGGUGGGGGGAAUUCCAGAGUUUUUGGACGAGAUGAAACUGCACUAAGCCAUCACUGUGCCAACGGAGGCAUUGCUGUCGUAGAAGGUCCCAAAGACGCAGCCAGCUUACUCGGUGAUCGUGACAAGCAGUAUGCCAUUGAGCAUGUGGACCUUGGAGCGUACUACUACAGGAAAUUCUUUUACUUGAGAGAGCACUGGAACUACUUUGGUAUAGACGAGGUAUUGGGCCCAGUGGCAAUAAGCAUAAGAAGAGAGAAGUUGGAUGACCACAAGGAGCAUGGCCAGCAGUAUAACUACCGAAUAAUAUUCAGAACUAGUGAGCUGACCACCUUGCGUGGCUCUGUGCUCGAGGAUUCAGUGCCUUCCACUGCUAAACAUGGCACUGCUCGAGGGCUACCCCUUAAAGAAGUGUUAGAAUACCUGUUACAGGAGCUGGACAUUUCCUGCCUGCGGCUUGCCCUCAAUACCCCAAAAGUUACGGAGCAGCUGAUGAAAUUGGAUGAGCAGGGGCUUAGCUUCCAGGUGAAGGUGGGGGUAAUGUACUGCCGUGCAGGCCAGAGCACAGAGGAGGAGAUGUAUAACAAUGAAAUGGCUGGUCCUGCCUAUGAAGAGUUCCUGCAGCUCCUUGGAGAGAAAGUGCGAUUGAAAGGGUUCAGCAAGUACCGGGCUCAGCUGGACACCAAGACGGAUUCCACUGGGACACACUCUCUGUACACUGCAUACAAGGACUAUGAGAUCAUGUUUCACGUGUCAACCAUGUUACCAUACACUCCAAACAACAAGCAGCAGUUGUUGAGGAAGAGACACAUUGGGAAUGAUAUCGUCACCAUCGUUUUCCAGGAGCCAGGAGCUCUUCCCUUCACCCCCAAAAACAUCCGUUCACAUUUCCAACAUGUCUUCAUCAUUGUCCGCGUUCACAAUCCCUGCUCGGACAACACCUGCUACAGUGUGGCAGUCAGUCGCUCGAGUGAUGUGCCCUCGUUUGGACCCCUAAUCCCAAGAGAAGUGACUUUACCCAAAUCCACCGUGUUUAGAGAUUUUCUUCUGACGAAAGUCAUCAACGGCGAGAACGCCGCUCAUAAGUCGUCCAAGUUUGGUGGCAUGGCUACACGCACUCGUCAGGAGUACCUGCGCGACCUGGCGGAGAACCAUGUUACCAGCACUCCGGUGGAGUCAGCAGGCAAAUUUCCUUUCAUCUCUCUGGCACAUAAGCGAAAAGAGAAAAUCCGGCCUUAUGCAGGGGCAGAGCUGCGCAGCAUGGGGGCAAUCACAUGGGCAGUGCAUUUGGAAGACUUGGUGAUGGGGGCAGAGCGUGAGGGUCUGCUGGCGAUCUCAAAUGAGUUUGUCAUUAUCCUCGACCAGGAGAUCAAAGCCUUGGCGUUCAAUUGCUCCACAAGAGACGUGAUUGGCUGGUCGCUGGGAAGCCCCGCCUCCAUGAAGAUCUACUAUGAGCGUGGGGAGAGCGUUUCACUGCGAUCCAUCAACAACAACACAGAGGACUUUGGCGAGGUAGUUAAACGCCUCGAGCUGGUGACUAAAGGGAGUCAGACGAAGGAGAUGACACUGAGAAGGAACGCUCUAGGUCAGCUCGGGUUCCAUGUGAAUUUCGAGGGCGUCGUAGCCGAUGUCGAACCCUACGGCUACGCGUGGCAGGCGGGGUUGAGGCAGGGCAGCCGUUUGGUGGAGAUCUGCAAAGUUGCAGUGGCAACGCUGUCACAUGAGCAAAUCAUUGACCUGCUGCGCACCUCGGUGACAGUCCGAGUGGUGAUCAUCCCUCCACACGAGGACUCCACUCCCCGCAGAGGUUGCUCGGAGAUAUACCACAUGCCGCUAGUGGACUACAAAAACCACAAGGAGGGGAUGCCCUAUGAGUAUAAGUUCCCCUUUCGCAACAGCAAUGAGAAGUGGCCUCGACCCACCGCUCCUCCACAGACUGUGGUCUGUACUUCUCAAAAUCGAAAUGUCAACCAAGGCCAAGGGGCAGCGCUAAACAAGGCGCAGAAUUCCGACUACGCGAGACGCGGUUCACUCUUCCCUCGCAGCGUGUCCAGUGAAGGCCAUCCGCUGAAUGCUAAAAGAUAUUCUCCAGGCUCUGAUAACUACGCCCUGGCUUGCUCCAUUGUGAUGGGCCGGUCUCCCCACACCCGCAACUCCCCCAACAACCAAUCAUUCUCCAGUGACACCAGCUCCAGCUCCACACACUGGCGUCAGAAGUCCAAUCCAGACGGCUUUAAUGCAAACCGCAGCUCACCAUUAACUGCUGAUCGUCAGAUUCUGAAGGAGUGUGUGUGGGUUACACCCAGCUGGGUCAGAGUGGUGGAGGGAGAAGGAGCCAGUAGGACACCAUCAGACCUGACAAACAUAAAACCAGUCCUGAUGAGCAUUGAUCAACACCACAAAGAUCAUAACGCAUCACCCUACCCAAACACAAGCGCUAAGAACGACGCUACGUCCAUCAGCCAAUCCGCCAGCACCACACUGUCCAGCCAUGCCUCCAGCUCAACCCAUAGUGAAGAGAAGUGGUUCGAUUUUGGUGGUAGGCUGGAGUCUGAGCUGAAUGGCUUUACAACCACUUGUCCCCAGGGAGCUUCCGCUAAUGGCGCCAUUGAAGCUGCACACAGGAACUCUAAGGCUAAAGAGAAAGCCUCAGCUCACUGGGGAGAGAUCACCUCCACCUGUAAUGAUCUGCAGGCCUCCCGUGCACACUCAGAGACUCCCCUUCACACAGAUCUCACUGAGAAUCAAGCCAAAAGCUCUCUGCCUCCAGAUAUCAGUUCCCAUACUACCAGUGAUGCAGCCUCUCAUUCCAGCACUCUGAGUUCAGUGCACUCGGGCAGCCCACCGAGCUCCGCUCAGGAGGAAUCAGCCCCCUUCACCUCCUCCCCCACCCACCCAUCCCUCUCUCCUGGAGCCAAGAGCUUCUACCCCCGCCAGGGCGCCACCAGCAAGUACCUGAUUGGCUGGAGGAAACCGGGGGGCACCAUCAACUCGGUGGAUUUUGGUAGCAGUCGCAAGCGACAUCAGAGCGAUGGGUAUUUAGGUGGGCAGCCUCAGCUACGGGCCACUAUGAAGAUGAGCCAGUCUCCCCAACCCACUGCCAAAUCCACUGUUGAGGAGGAUCUAAAGAAGCUCAUCACUCUGGACAGCCCUCCUCCCAGCUGUAGCAAAACUAAGCCCUUCUCACUGUCCACACCGAGCCCCCGAUCCUUACAGCGGACCUUCUCUGACGAGAGCAUCUUCAGCGGGCAGAGGAUGCUCACAGCGGCCCGUCAGAGUGCCGACCUGUUCGGUCGCUCCACCAUGCCACGCUCACCCAGCACACGCAGUGCCUCCCUGCACCACCGAUCAUACACACAGGGGGCCAAAUCUCUGGGUGACCUGACUUUCACAGAGAGCAGUGUAUUUGAGGCUGGGCCAUGCAGAAAGCCCCAGCAGGACCCUGGCCUCAUCCCCCUUCCUGAUGCCAGUGCAGACAGCGGGCUCGACUGGUCUGAUCUUGUGGAUGCUGCCAAAGCCUUUGAAGUUCAAAGAGCAACAUUCUUGGCAGUGAAAGAUGCCACUUCUAGGUCAGAGACACACAGCCCCAGCUCACAGAAGACUGAGCCUCAGACAUCCCUACAACAACAAGGCUCCUCCAGUGAGAGCCCUGCCAGUCUGAUGGGGAAAGUCAGCCAGCUGGAGUCAAUGGUGAAACUGCUGCAGGAGGAUCUGAAAAAGGAGAAGGAUGCAAAGGCCUCGUUGCAGGCUCAGAUCCAAGGUCUGAGGGCAGACAAUCAGCGGCUGCUGGAGGAAUCUCAAAACACCUCAGCCAAGCUGAAGAAGUUCACAGAAUGGGUUUUUAACACCAUCAACAUGGACUGAUUCUCUGACCUUCCAGUGUCCUGUUGCCACACUCUAAAUGCAAUAUGAUUAAUCACAGUGCAUCUCUAAGCGAUUCAUUGUGACUCCUCAUAUAUACCUGAACCCUGCAUGUCUUUCUGUCGUUCUGAACUUCUGCCAUCCCCCCCCCCUGAGUGCCAGACCUGCCAGAACUAUUUCAGGAGAACUACUGUAGUCUUUUUUUUUUUUCUCUGAGAGGGUUAUUGAUUUGCUUAAUUGCCCACUUCCUCUCUGUUCUUUGGCUCUAUAUAAUGUGAUGUUCUUAAAGAAACUCAUGUCAAGGCUAUAAAAUGGUAAUUCACAUGCUCACACACUAUAAAAUGGUAAUUCACAUGCUCACACACUCUAAAAUGGUAAUCCAGAAAUUGCAAAGAAAGCUAUAACCAAGUCCACUAUGCUGUACAGUUUAAACCUGUGUGAGGGACAAAAACACAUUAGUAAACACUUACAUAUAGAGGACCCCCACCCCCAUCUCCAAUAGCAUUAGAUGUUGGAGGGCAAAAGUCAUUCGUGCUAAAGACACACCGAAUGCUGUUCCUAUGCCAUUACUGUGACCUUACUAGAAUUUUAAGCUUGUUGUAUUUUCACUUAACCACUGGCUUGGUUGGUUUAUUAAUUGUUGUGUUUGAUUAUUGAUGGCUGCGAGAAGGACUUGCUUUUCAUGUUCCGCUGACACAAACAUGAUGGAGAUUUUCCCGUCGAUGUAUUUAUGUGCAAAGUUUCCUCGAAUAUCCUCUGGUUAAGAGCCAAACCUGCAGUGAAGUCUGACUGCGGUCAAGCACGUCGUCUUUUCGAGAUGAUGAUAAUACCCUCGUCUUCGAGGUACCUGCGGUCCGUGAUAUUCAAUCACACGUCGAGAUCUACAGCUUAUUUAACCGACCACUUUGAAUUGUUUGAAAGAUCAAUACAAAUGUGAUUUACAGCCUGAUGUGUAACCUGACCUACUGUAUAUCAUCUACAGUACUUGUUAUAAAGCAGAAUGAUAUAUUACUGGUAGAUGGUUGGUGCCAUAAGGUAAAUAUUUAUAUCUUAUUGUGUAGAACUACACAUAAAUGAACAGCCUCUCUUGUAUAAAUGCCCCGUAAAAAUUAUUUUAAAAAAAUAUUUAUUUGUUGAAUAGUCAUUAAACCAUUUUACGAUGUAGAGAAAAAGGGGGAUUUGGCUGUGUAGCUGUUUGUAAAUAUAUUUUUUUUUCUUCUCACUUUUUUAUUUUUUAUUAUGGAUAAGUGAAAUAUCGCCAUCUAUUGGAGAAAAUGUCACAUGAACUUCACUAAAAGGACUCCUUAACAGCAAAAUGGCAUUUUCUCUGAUUUACAAAAUGUGGUUGAUUUUAUCUUGAUUCUACACAAAAUGCACCUGAAAAGACAGCAAGAUGUCGUUUUUUUUUCCCACUGAGUUCAAUCAUUGUUUUAAUCGUGCCUGUUAAAUAUUUUCUCUGUGUUUUUCCGCUCUUAUUUGUAUUGCUCUCCUGACAGAGCUUAUUUUCCGUUGUCUGAAAUCUGACAUUCUCUCUGCAGACAUUACUGGAUCCUCUUUCCAUUUGGAAACUGUUAUCUCCGACAUGCAGUAGCAUGUUGUAAUAUUUCCCAUAACCUUUGACAUGUAAAGACAUUUAUUCCAUUAAAAAAUAUUUUGGGCAUUUUAAA